CUGAACUAUUUUAAAAAGUAAAUUCAAAAUAGUUUCUAUUUUCACAUCAUUAGAAUAGAAAUCAAUGAGAACUGUUUGAUCAAUCAGUUUCGCUCAGUGCGCACUUUAAAAAGGAUCACGAAUAAGAAUAAAAUUAUUUUCAAAAAAAGUGUACAAACAAUUUUUUUUUUUCAAUUUUAAAAUGUAGAAUAAUUAAAAAUUAAUAUUUAUUUUAUUGUCAUAUUAUUUUGAAACAAGAAAUCGCUUUACGAAUAAAAUUUAUUGUCAUAAUAUUAUUAAUCGAUAUGAAUUUAAUUGAAACAAAUGUAAUUAUUGAGGAAAAACCUGCAGAAGAAGAAUUAUUGAGACUUCUUCAAUUUGCUUCAAUAAGAAAAAUAAGAGAUCUCAUUAUUAGCUAUCCAUUCUUGAAUUUACAUUAUCCAACCAAGGAUCUAAGAACACCGUUGACAAUAGCCAUUGAUCGUGGAGAUUCACAAAUUUUACAAUUAAUAAUAGACAAAGUUCCCACCGAUUUAGAUUCUACUUUAACACAAUCUUGUGGAAAAUCAGCGCUAAUGCAUGCUUCGUAUUUUUCCAGAAAUUUGGAAAUUCUUCAGAUUUUACUCAAGAAAGGAGUUGAUUUAAAUAAAAAAGACUUACGAGGAUGGAAUUGUCUCUAUUAUGCAAUAGUUGGAAGAAAAAUAGAUAAUGUGGAUUUUCUAUUAAAAUCUGGAUUAAAUGUAAAUUCUUCGGACGUAUUAGGAAGAACUCCUCUUAUGAUUUCAGUUUUUCUAUCAACUUUUGAUAUUUUCAUACUACUUUUGGAUAAUGGUGCUGAUAUUCAUAAGCAGGACAAUUUUGGAUUUAUUGCCAUUGAAUUGGCAAUUUUAAGAAGAAAUAGAGAUUGUGUAAUUACUCUCAUGAAAAGAGGCAGUAAUUUAUAUAAACAUACUCCAUAUUCAAAAAAUACUAUUUUAAAAUUAGCACAAGAACGUAUGUCUGAUAUUCUUCCUGCUGUGAGAUCCAAUAAUAAUCAAAGUGAUUUGAAAAUUUUUUCUAAAACAAAAAUAUUAAAUACAUAACUUUAAAAAAAAAAAUUAGUUAAAAAUUCUUAUUGUUUAUAUUUUUUUACAUAAUUAAUUAUUUAUAAUUACAUAUAAUUAAUGAGAAUUCAAUUAAAAUUUUUAUCCUUGAGACAA